AUGGUCUCUACGAAGCAUAAUCUAGAUCAGGGCUGGAAUUUUCGGCAAAGCGACAACUCCUCAGAUGACUGGCUCCCAGUGCAGAAAAUCCCAACCCAAGUUCAUCUAGACUUGCUAGCCAACAACAAAAUCCCAGAUCCGUUUGAUGAUCUUAAUGAACUAGCAGUGCAAUGGGUUGCCGAGAAGGACUGGACGUAUAAAGUCCAAUUCACAAAACCCCCAUCUCGUGUAUCUGAUGAACCGCUUAUCACCGAUGUCGUCUUCGAGGGUCUGGAUACAUUUGCAACUGUGACUUUGAAUGGAAAGGAGAUUCUCAAGUCAGAAAACAUGUUCUUAUCCCACCGAAUAGAUAUUUCCAACUUUCUGGAGGAUAGAAACACUCUCGAAAUAAAAUUCGAUUCCGCUCUGUUGCGGGGCCGGAAGUUGGUAGAAGAGCACAGCCACGAACACACGUUCUAUGUACGGCAAACCGAAGUCGGUCGUGUUCCUGUGAGAAAGGCCCAGUAUAAUUGGGGUUGGGAUUGGGGUCCGAUACUGAUGACGGCUGGGCCCUGGCGACCGAUUUAUCUGGAACAAUAUGUCUCGAGAAUCGACGAUGUCUGGACUCAUUAUGAAGUCAGUGAGGAUUUGAAAAUAUGUUCAGGUCGUAUCUUUGCCAGGGUUACAGGCGCAAGUCAAAGGUCAAUUGCACUUUCGGUAACGUUAGGGGAGACGACAGUUUGGGGAAAAGAAUGCGCUGUUGAUUCUGAUGGGCUUGCGGAAACAGAGUUCCGAAUCGACAACCCAGAACUCUGGUAUCCGUUUGGGUACGGCCGGCAAGUCCGCUACAAGCUAAAAGCGACCAUACCCAUAGGUAACGAAAAGGCGAAACUCAUUGGUUUCCGACGAAGUGAAUUGAUCCAGGAAAAGGACGAAUUUGGCAAGUCUUUUUACUUUCGUAUCAACGGAAUUGACAUAUUCAGUGGCGGGUCAUGUUGGAUCCCCGCUGACAGUUUCCUGUCGCAAAUCUCACCACAACGGUACUACAACUGGAUAAAGCUCAUGGUAGAAGGCAACCAACACAUGCUUAGAAUCUGGGGCGGCGGGAUUUAUGAGGAUAAUACUCUUUUUGACGCUUGCGACGAGUUGGGAGUUCUUGUGUGGCAUGACUUCCAAUUCGCAUGUGCCAGCUAUCCGACGUAUCCCUCUUAUUUGGCAUCUGUCGAGCAAGAAGCAAGACAAAAUCUGCGUCGGCUGAGGCCCCAUCCUUCUAUAGUGAUAUGGGCUGGAAACAACGAGGACUACCAGGUCCAGGAGCGCUAUCAUCUUGAUUAUGAUUAUGAGGACAAAGAUCCCCAAUCAUGGCUGAAGUCAAGCUUUCCAGCCCGAUAUAUAUACGAGUACUUGCUACCAAAGAUAGUCAAAGAAGAGGAUCCUUUCAUGAUCUAUCAUCCAAGUAGCCCUUGGGGAGAUGGAAAACAUACUACCGAUAAGACAGUGGGAGACAUUCAUCAAUGGAAUAUAUGGCAUGGCGCAAUGAAUAGGUACCAGGAAACUUAUCUACUUUCCGGUCGGUUUAUUAGCGAGUUUGGAAUGGAGGCUUAUCCGCAUCUCGAAACAAUUCGUAGCAUGAUCAAAGAUCCGCAACAGCAGCACCCAGGAUCCAUGAUGAUGGAUUUUCGGAAUAAAGCUAUCGACCAUGAGCGCCGUAUGAUAACAUACGUCGCGGAGAAUUUCUUAGUGAAAUACGAUCUCACGUCAUAUACUCACCUCACACAGGUCGUCCAAGCGGAAACUAUGCAGUUUGCAUAUAAGACGUGGCGCCGGGAAUGGGGCAAACCAGGGGCCCGUAAAUGUGGAGGUGUAUUGGUAUGGCAGUUAAACGACUGUUGGCCGACGAUGAGCUGGGCAGUGGUCGAUUAUUAUCUCGUUAAAAAGCCGGCUUUCUACGCAAUUGCUAACGCCUUGAAGCCACUGGCCGUGGGCGUGUCUCGAGCAUAUCAUGAGUGGACAACCGGUCAUGCCGAUCCCACUGUGCCCGCUCAAGACACGAAAUUCGAUCUUUGGGUCGUAAGCAAUUGGCAGGAAACAGCGCAACUUGAAAUCACCGUACGAUUUAUUUCGGUUCGAACAGGCCAAGAUGUUCAAUCCCCCUUGAAACUCGAUACUGUGUCUGCCCAGCCGAACGCCGCAACGGAGGUCCUACAGGAUUGUGUUAUCCCUGCAGUUGGUUCCCAAUUUAAUGGGCAGCUAUUUGACAUAGCGAAAUACGAUCCCUUCGUAAUCCAUGCUAUAGCCAGAGAGGAUAAGCAGGUGAUCGCGAUUGACAACGCAUGGCCUCAGCCGCUGAAGUACUUGGACUUCUCCGAUCGAGACGUGAAAUUCAAAACUUUAUCUACCAGCGAGAUUGUCAUAUCCUCAACCCGCCCUGUAAAGGGAUUUGUCUUCGAGGAGACUCGUCAGGUAAAACUAAGCGAUAACGGGUUUGAUCUGGUCCCAGGCGAAGAGAAGAUUGUGGAAGUAUCUGGGGCGGCUUUGGACUCCUUACGCUACACCUACAUUGGGGCGCCAGAAGGAUCGUUGAAAGUGGAUUUGUCUACGUCAAAAGGGAGCGGGACGACAUCCGUAACCAGCCCCGUAUCGAAGAUCGCCUCUUAAAAACCCAACUGGGGCGUUGCAAAAUCGCGAAUAUACACUCAUGUACAUCUCUAUAUACAUCCUAAGACGUAACAACUGUUCAUAUCAGAUGGUCUAGGUCAGCACCAGCUAUGACCACUGUCCCUUACAGAUAUCCAUCUAUCACAUGCAACCUAAACUCCAUGCUCCGCCAUAUCUACAGCAAACGUACCAAAUGAACCCUUAGUUUAAGGGCCUGGUAUGGGUAACCAGUUUGCCGGAGUAUUCCAUCCAUUUAUAAUUACCCAUGGAUUGAUGUGACGAGCUCCUAUAACGAUCUUAUAUCUUCUUGGCUUGCUGGCUGAAACAUUCCAAAGCGGACUCAGUCGCCUGAUAUGGAUAUGUGAGACUCCGACGCUUUACGUCGGGAUAAAAUCUGAUAUCCUAACAGG